AUGAUCCCGCUUUCAAGGCGCACCACCGCCCUUGCAAAUAUCCUAAGACGGGAUUGCACCGACUCCAUCUGCUGUCGGCGAAGCAGCGUCGGUAUUCGCCCGACUUGCUCAAGACCACGUUUUGUCCGACAUGCGUCCUCGUCCGUAUCUUCUGCGCUGCAUUUCUACCAGAACAGGCAGCUCGAGCUAUACGCAUCGAAAGAGACAAAACGUUUAACAUUAAGGCAGCUGAUAUUUUUCGGGCGCUCUAUGACCGAGGAACGACUGAUAAUGGCCGCGAACUAUGUUAGAUCAGAACUACCCAUACGAAUCGCGCAUAGGCUACGUGAUAUGCAGGCAUUACCAUUUAUUGUGGUGACACAGGAAGAUGUAGCGCGCGUGUACGAAUUAUAUUGGACCGCUUUCGACAAGUUUCGCGCAUUCCCACCUAUCACGAGUAUGGCGGAUAAUUUGAAGUUCUGCGAGCUCGUGAGGUCACUUCUAGAUGAACAUGCCGCAAUUAUUCCUUCCCUUGCACUCGGUCUUUCCCUCUCAUCGCACCACCUACCACCCGAGCAACUUGAUGCAUUCAUAACUCGCAUGCUAAUUUCACGGAUAUCACGACGCGUCUUGGCGGAGCACCACCUCGCGCUUACAGAAGAUUUUAUUCGAGACAAGAAUCGUAAACCGAAAAAUCCGUCCAGUUCUCCGCAUGUCGGCAUUAUUAAUACGGAGUUAAACCCACGACGAAGCAUCGAACGAUGCACGGACUUGCUACAAGCCAGUCCUCGCUGUGUCCUCUUUGCUGACCCAGAACGUGCGGCAGAGCUCGAGUGUCCAAAGGUGGUAAUAAACGGGCAUGUUGAAACGAAAUUUGCGUAUAUACGUGACCAAUUUGAAUAUAUUGUUUUUGAACUUUUGAAGAAUGCUAUCUAUGCAACGAGCUUAAGACAUCCGUCUGCUAACCCUCUUCCUGACAUUCGAGCAACAAUCGCCGCUGGGGAGGAUGAGAUCCAAAUCCGGAUAUCCGACCAAGGCGGUGGGCUUGUGCAGCCCGAAAUCUCCUCUCCAUCUGAUCUUCUUUCCUUCUCGCAUGUCAAAAACACAACGAGACUUGACACUUCGCGUAUAUCCGCUCUUAAAUCUGCGAGCUCGAGGCCUCAAGGCAUACGGGCAACUGUUCACGAGCAAGUUGAGGCAUGGAAAGGAAACAAGUCCAUAAAUACACCAGAGCAAGAGGCCGGUGUAGGAGUACACACGCGGUUGGGUAUUGGGUUACCGAUGAGCAACAUAUUUGCAACUUAUUUCGGCGGAUCUUUAGAACUCGUUUCUCUGGACGGAUGGGGCACGGAUGUUUACUUGCGACUACCCAAACUCGGCACAAAACUGGAAGGGAUUGAAGUCUGAAUACGUCCUUACCUGCCGCAAGCCUGAGCGGAUAUGUCCCGUUAAAUAGAAAGAGACGCACGCAUGUCCUAUGGGACGUUUUCCCGCCCGCUCACUUCGGAUGAUGAUUGAAUAGGGUAGACUACUAUAUGUGGGAUAGCGCUGUUAACUGUCAAGGCUGCAUCUUUUCACUGGCAAGCUUCUUGGAUAAUUACAAAAGAAGGCUACCCCGGAUAUAGAUGCAUGGAUUGAUUUUGUAACGGUUCACAUGGUCCGUGUAGCUAGAUGUGUAUAUAUUUGGACUCGAGGAAAUAGAGAAGCG